CAAAACCACAAGAUAAAGAACUUGUUUGAAUACAAUAGAAGACAAUGUUAUGUGAAUGACUGGCUCAGUUGGCUACUGUUAAUGCCAAGUUAAACCAUUCAACAAAAUAGUAGAACAGCUACGUAAGAAACCACAUGAACAAUAUAACACAAUAGGUAAUACAGCUAUCAAGCUGGUUAAUCGAGAAUGGAUAAUCAGGUUGAUAAUCACAUUGAAAAACUGCUGAGAAAUAAUGUGGGACAUGGUGAAAGAGGAGAAACUAAACUCAUUGAGAUACUUAAUGUAGCUAUAAACAGCAUAGCACAGUUGGAACAGAAAGUGGAUGCAAUAGCAUACCAGCUGGACACCAUAUCUCCAGUUUCAACCCCCAUAGGGAAUAUCCACCUUCACCAACCAUACCAUUCAACACCAAACUCUACAGACUCAAACCACGAUAACAUUGAUGCAAAUCUGAUCACACCCAUUAUAAUAAAUGAUGUUACUCCAAAUUUCACAACAAAGACUCGAAAUGCGAGCUAUGAACAUGCAGUAGAGGACUAUGGAAAUCGUUCAGACUCCAUUUACCCAAGUGGUAUUUCAUAUUCUGUAGAUAAGACUCCUCCAGUACAAUCUGAUCAGUUUAACCAAAGAAGAGAGAGCUUGAUAAAUGUGAUCAAAAACCUUGUAACUCUUGAAGAGAAAGUCGAAGGACUGUACAGAAAAUCAAGUGUGGUUGAGAUUGCAGAGAAUCCAAAAGAGGCUGCUGAAUUUGCGGGUGAGACGAUUGAGGAGAAUCAAGUUGAUGUUGCACUAGAUGGUGCUCUAUAUGCAAUAAAUGAUAGAGGUACUGUUAACACCAAAAGUGGUGCACAAAAUACACCAACAAUGACAAUAUCGGAGAUACAAAAUGACAUUGCUGGUGUCAAGGAGGAAAUGAGAAUGCCACCAGGAAUACCUGAGACUACAUAUCAAACAGAAUUGUUGCUAACAAUUGGAGCAACAAUGACGGAACAAUCAAAUCAAACACACAAAUCAAUUGUUUAUUACAAAGACGUUGAAGAUGUUAAAGAUGAGCUGAAAAGCUUUCAGACGAGCAUGGAUAACCAGAAUAACAAAGGAAAUAUAAAAACUGUACGUUAUCUUUCAGAGACUUUCAAUGAUAUUGAUGAUGUGAAGAAUGAAAUACAAGCUUCCAAUGUCCAACAAGAUUCCACCAAUGACAAGAGUCAUCCAAAAGACACAAAUAGAUUGUUCAGCCUUGGAGAGCAUGAACUGCCAUCAUAUAUUAAACAUGAAAUUGGUGGGGCUCUUUUAAGUCAGAUGGCCUUGAAUGAGUUAGAAAUGUCCCAAUCUGGCCCUCCAAUGAGAGUUCUUCGAUAUGCAACUCCUGAUGAGCCAUGGGAAGAUUCUGUAACCUCAGAUCCUCAAAUGAUUGACCACACAAGAAUUCGAACAAAUAGCGAAACUGGAGAUCACAUGGGAAUAAAUGCAAUGAAAGAAAUAAAGCCUAUUCCAGUUACUGAGUUUAUGAUUAAGGCUCAAGCCCCAAAGACGGUAAGAUCAGAUGAGCCAUCAAUAACAAAUGUAACCAACUUUUGGAUAAGUCCCCAUGCAAGUGAUGAAGAGGAUCUUCCAGCAGGUAAAACAAAGCCACCACCAUUGCCAGACAAAAUCGUUAUUGAAACGGGAAGAUACCGAACUGUUCCUAAUGAUCUACCAAAUACAACUAGUCCAACACCAGAUAAGACUGAUCAGAAGCUACACAAUAUGGGAAAAAUAGACACAAAAUUAAACAAACCAUCAAAACCUCUACCACCAUAUCGGCCAAUAUUCAGAGUUAUACCUGCAGCUAAAGGUCCAGAGCGCUUUGGACCUGCAAAAGCAAAGCCAUAUGAUAAUACAGAAUAUGAGGUUCUUGUUGACUCAGUGCCAGAACCAAACAAGGCUGAACCCAAAACUGGACUUGUUGUCUUAGAAACACAUCCAGCACCAAAGAAGAAAGAACACAGUUUGAAAGAUUCUAAUCGCCCACCCACACCUUUGCGACUAUUUGAUACAAAUGCCACAAGGACACACAGCAAUAACACUGAUAUAUCUGAUAAUGUGUUUUCCAGUCCUCUGACAGUACAACAUAUUGACUUUGAUGAUGAACAUGAUGAUGAUACGAAACAACAAGGUGAUGACAACACUACUUGGGACAAUCCUGAGUACCGUAGAAAUAACUGGACAAAGAACAUCAAUCCUUUAUUCAAUGAAAUACCUAUUAUUACACCAGAGCCAUUUAAGGAGACAGGACCUGAUGCCACAGAUUCAACACAGCAAGACAACGACCAACAGCAAGUAGAUACAGCUGAUGAACAUGCACCACAACAUGUGGAUAUUCCUAAGGAUGUUGCCAAGAAAAUAAAAGAUGGAAAGGGCAGUGUUCGCCAUAAUACUCCAUCUCCAAGAGCUAAAGCUUUGGAUUUGCUUUCAAAGCAAAAGCAAUACAAGGAUAAUUUCUAUGACAAACAAAUUCCAUAUACAGCUGACAGUGGAGACUAUAAAGCUGUUACAUUCAACAGAGCUCAAUUUAGAGCUAACUGGCUCGAUACCAACACACAGAAUGAGAACACCAAAAAGAACAUUAAUGGUGAUAUCCAGGGCAAGGCAUUUGUUGUGACGGGAAGAAAUACAACAGAGUCUGAGGUUGAUAAAACACACUCCAGUUACACUCAUGCUGAGAUUCCUUUUAUUAAAGAUAAAGAAUCUAAAUUGAAAGCUAAACUUCUAUGUUGUGCUGAGUGCAGGUCUGAAGCUAUAGUUAGUUUGAUGCAGGAUGGGGAGGCAACAUUAGUUUAA